GAACGUACAUUCGCUGCGCGCUUUUCGAGUACUGCGCAAUUAAAAGACAAAGAAAUAGAGAACGCGCCUAUUUUAACAGUAUUUAAUCUGCGGGCAAGAAAACACGAGUCUUCGGUUAUUACCAGGGCGUAUGCGUCGACAAAUAUCAGUAGGUCAGUGAGGAUAGAAGGCACAGGAUGGCUUCUCAGGCUAUAGUCCAGGUGACCCAAGACUGGCUGCAGUCUUCUCUGCAUGUCCGGGUACCUUUUGCCUGGCUGGAGGCCUGUGUGGAGUGGCUACAGGAAGAGGCAGGAGGUGCAGGCAGAUUGUCACAGCAAAACAUCAACCAACAGGUUUUUGACCAGUGGCUCUCGACUGACCUAAAAGACUUGGCCUACGCAGUUCUCCCUGAAGGAAUUGCUCAAACCCACAGCACACAGCUCAAUGGCACCUUCUGUGUACAGGUUGACUCUUUACGGGACAUCAGCCAGCCCGCGUACAGUCAACUGCAGCAGUUAAAGGGCACAGAUUGCGCCAAUGACAGUGUUUCGGCUACCACACAGAGCACCCAGAGGCCGUGGGAGAGCAGACCCACACGUAUGCUCCUACUGCAGGUGACAGAUGGAGUCCAAAGCUUGGAGGCAAUGGAGUAUCAGCCGAUACCUGCGCUAAGUACUGCUCUUAGGCCUGGUGUGAAGCUGCGACUCCAUGGGCAGAUGAUCUGCAGGCUUGGAAUGCUUUUGCUGGGGCCGGGCAAUGUAAACGUCCUGGGCGGGGAAGUAGAAGAGUUGGCUGAGCGCAACAACCAGGGAAGGAUUCUAUGUCAGGCGCUGGGACUUCCUGAAGAGCAACUGGAAGAGCAAGUCAGGGAGGAAGUGCCACCAUCAGAUCAAGAUGAUGUCGCAAACCAUAGAGAGCAGGAUUUUGAGCUAGAUGACCUUGAGCUGCUGGCAACUCUCGAGGCCCAGGAGGAGCAGGAAGUGGUAGAGGUUCCUCCAAGACCUGUUCAAGACAGUGGCUACAGGACACUCACUCAGUCCUCAGGAAACUCUAACGGCAGGAGUCUGAGCACCUCAUCCACCAGAAGUGAAACCUCUAUACACACCGUUGUGAGCGGAUUGAAUUCAUACCCAAGUGGUCACCGUGGUAAUGAGGAAGAGCAGUCCGACGUCAUCGAAAUUUCCCAGCAGGGCCCGGAUGUCGACAAUGACUUUCCUGACGAGGAUUUUUUCAACGUAGCGUUGGAAGUGGAGGACGUCGCGGACUUCCAAGGAGGCACCACCAUUCAGAACUCAUUUUCCUCCGCUCCUCUUCGUGAAUCUUCCACAGAGCAAAAUGGAUUUGACGUGGAAGAUAUGGAUUUUUCAUCCGCAGGCAUUGAAUCUUAUGGAGAGAGGACACAUAGUGCAGAGUCCAACCAAUUAAUUAGAAAGGAAAUGGCUGGGAAAGAAAAUGCCUUUCACGGGGAGAGUCAUGCCUUAAGCACUUCAAGAGCAAAAGUGGACCCACUGUGUGACAUUAAUCUAACCUCACCCCCAUUUACAUACCUGUGUUUGCUAGAUAAAAUUUAUACGCCCACAUGCAUAACUAUCAAAGCCUUCAUUGUCACCCUCUUGGGUAAACUAAGCACCAGUGACGGCUUGUGGCAAAUCUGCGCCACAUUGUCGGACGGGAGCGGCUACCUGGACGCCAAACUGUCCGACCGGGUGCUGACAGACCUGCUGGGCUUCACUGUUGCUGUGAAGGGUGAAAUGAGACGUGACCCGGCCCGUAGGUCCCAGCUGGAUGCCAGCAUGAGGCGAUGUCAAGAGGAGUUGGUGGACAUGUGCUGCCUCAUGACUGUGGAGGUGGGGAUUAUGAACGCGGGAGCUGUGGUGACCCAGGCCAAGCCGGUCUCUGAGGGGGUCCACAGCGAGCUGGAGCGGAGAGUGCGAGACAGGAAAUGAGAACCGUAGUAAUGUGGUUAAUGACAACGUGGACAUUUACUGUUCGCAGAGUUCUUUAUAUAAGAUGUGUGUGUUUUCUUAUUUUUAUUAUUAAUAUGAAAUGACUGCGAUCAACACGCCCUUCUGUUUCCAAUCUGGAAGAGACAAGGUGUGAAUCCGUGUCGAAAUGAAUCCCAUCUGCUGCAUGUGAAUAUAACAUACUGCCAUUAGAGGAGGAUUUCAUUCAUUUAUUCAAGGAACAAUUUCUCUGCAUGCAAUGUCCUUCAUUAUACCGUUUGCAUUAAAACAUCUAAUUUCUACUAAAUGCUGAACUGUAGGCAUAAUUUUGAACUCUAAUGAGAAGACUGCAGAAAAGGACCCAUGUUUAAAUUCAAAUUUCCGUAAUGAAUUGC